AUGUUGGCAACUCGUCACAACGUGCUUCAGAGCACACUUCUGCCUAGGGCUGCCUGGGAGGAAAACGACCUGGGAGGGAAAACUGACUUUUCUGACUAUCAUCUCUGGAAAGCUGCAGAAGAUUCAGGGAAAAAGAAAGUAAUUUUAUUCAGACAAGAUUGUGCUUCUCUGUCCCGUUUGUGGCAUAGCAUGGAUUUGACAUCACUGCAACAUAAUAAUCUACAAAACAGACUGAUAAGGGAGUUGGAAAGAGAAGAAGGGGAAAAAGAAGAUGAACAGAUAGUUGCAGAAAUCAUGAGAAGGCGUUUUUUCCCUGCAGUUAUAACUCAUAAGGCCUGGGAAGGCUUUCACUUUGCUGGCCAUGAAAUAAGGAUUACAGAAGCCACUGACUCUUAUGGGGCUGUCGUCUGGCCAUCGGCUCUUGUUCUGUGUUAUUUUUUGGAAACUAAUUCUAAACAAUACAAUUUGGUUGACAAAAAUGUGAUUGAAAUUGGAGCUGGAACUGGGUUGGUCUCCAUAGUAGCCAGUUUACUGGGUGCACUUGUGACUGCCACUGAUUUGCCAGAACUGCUGGGAAACCUUCAGCACAAUGUUCUCCAAAAUACAAAGCUGAAAUGCAAGCACCAGCCUCGUGUUAAGGAAUUGUCUUGGGGAAUUGAUUUGGAAAAGAACUUUCCUAGGUCAUCAUGUCACUUUGACUACAUUAUGGCUGCUGACGUAGUUUACCAUCAUCCCUUCCUGGAUGAACUCCUCCUAACUUUUGAUCACUUGUGCAAGAAUGACACUGUUAUUCUGUGGGCUAUGAAAUUUAGGUUGGACAAAGAGAACCAAUUUGUGGGCAGAUUUCAGACACUGUUUGACUUGGAGGUGAUUUCCGAUUUCCCCAGUUUGAACAUAACCUUGUACAAGGCAAUGAGGAAAGGCAGGAUGAAAGCCACACCUUCCAUACCAGUGGCCUGA